UAUCAGCAGCGGAUCAAUCACUUGGAUCAACCACUUCAAAAGUUAGAGAAAAGGCCCAUAAGCUUAACAUAAUGAAAAUACUUCCAAAAUUUUUUUGAAUUUCAAAAAAAUGUUACCGUUGAGAAAUUAGGCUAUAUUAAAAAUCCCGUUGAGCACAAAGCCUCUGUUUUAGCUUUGAAAAACACAGAGAGAGAGAGAGAGAGAGAGAGAGAGAGAGAGAGAGAGAGGGGUAUCAGCAAUGGAGGCGUUCGAGAAACUAAGAGAAAGCCUCUAUUAAUCAAUUUAAUGUUUAAUUCUAAUUCCAAUUCUGGGGUUUCGGUUUAUUUUAGUAUAGGAUUCUUCUUGGUUUCUUGUGAUUGCUAUUCACUUCCAUUACAACUAAUCCACUAUGGGAUGUUAAGACCAGACUCCAGAUUAUGAAUAAUAUUUUGACCAGCCCCCCUCCGUAUGUUACCUUAAUCCUUGAACUUAUAGACGUGAAGCUGUGGCGACCGGGCAGGUUCUAUUCCAUCAUUUCUAUUGCAAGAAAUCGUUUGACUGCUUCAAUGUUAAGAAAGUUGCUGCAAGCUGCUUGUGGCUUGGAUCAAAGCUGGAGGAAAGCCCAUGGAAAGCAAGACAAGUCCUUAUUGUUUUCCACAGAAUGCCAUACCUGGUCACUUAUCCAUAUAGGCGAUCUUUUCCACGUUCACUGCUUGCUCAUCAAGCUGACCAGUGUUUUUUGUAAUCCCUUCAUGAGGUAUAGUCAUCUUCUUGAACCAUUUCACAAACAAUUCGUGAGGAAAAUUCAACUGAUGCAUGCAUCUCGUGUUUUUGUUCGAGUUCGGCUGACAAGUUUUUUAGGCCCAUUGUAAUUAUCAAAGAAGUGGUACAUCGUAUAUAAGUCAAACCUUUUGCA